AGCACGCAUGCGCAGAUGAGCCGCCAUGUCGACGGCCUCCAAGGUGGUGCUGGGGGCCUCGCUGCUGCUCUCCGGCGGGGUCGUGGCGGGCGUCCACCUCCAGCAGAGGCGCCUGCAAGAGAGGCUACGUGAAGGAGUGUUGAGAGACUUUGAGAGACAGAAUCAUAAACGAGAAUAUAUUAACCUUUCGGAGGAACGUUCUGCCUUGAUCCAACAACGUGAAAUGGAAAGCAAAAUUCAAGUGCUCAAAAAAUGCUAACAGUGACAGAGAAGA